UGGAGGGAGAUUCAGCCGAGUUGUUUUAUGCUGUAAAAAGAUUACAAUAAUUUACCACCAUGAGUGAUCUAGAGGACGACACCACCAUCUUCUCCACGCUGAAAUCCUUCAAGAGUUUAAUCGCUGGCCCGGAUCGUUCCCUGCUGGAACCUGAGCCUGCGUAUGGCAGAAGUGAUCUACAGAAGCUUUAUACCCAAAGAGUGGAGAUGGAGGAGGCAGCCGAGCGGAUCCGCUCCCAUACCAGCCUUCUUCAGCUCACUCAGGAGAAACAGCAGAUGGAACUCAGUCACAAAAGAGCUCGCAUCGAGCUGGAGAAAGAAGCUCACAGCAGCUCCAGGGACUUGCAGAGACAAAUCAACCAAAAGCAGGACUUGCUGGCGAAGUUCAGGCGUCUAGAAGAAAAAGAGGAGCGAGCCAACCAAGCGCUGGCUGAACAGAUGGAAACCAACAAGACCCUAAAACGAAGCCUUGAGGAACUCCACAAGCAAGCAAGCGAGAAGGACACCAAACUUUCAGAGUCUAACCAGAUGAACAGUGAACUAAAGGACGAGUUAAGAACUCUUAAUCAGCAACUGCAGAUCCAGGAGUCCAAAUUUUCCACCCAGAAUUUGGAGAAGCAGGCCUUAGAGGAACAGUUGGAGAUGCAGCGCAAGAAGCAUCAAGAGAUCAACCAGAAGUAUCAGAAUCUACUGUCGUCUCAAAUGUCCAAUUCUGAGAGUGAGCUUAAGAUAAAGGAACUGAAGCGGCGUUUGGCACUACAGGAGCAGGACUCUGUCAUUGUGAAGAAUAUGAAGACAGAAGUAGCCAGACUGCCUGAGCUGGAGAAGGAAAAUAAACGACUACAGGAGGAAAAUACAUACCUUAGGGAGAUGAAAGAGAACAACAGUCUUCUAAAAGAGGAGGCAGAAGGUCUGAGGAGGAAGCUGGAGAGAAUGGAGAAGGUGCUGGAAGAGAAGCUGAAACUGGAACUGGAGAAGGAGAAAGUAGAGCAGCAGCUGCAGGCGUGGGAGAACAUCGGCCAGAUGACUGGACUCAACAUAAGAAAACCAGAAGACUUGUCCCGGGAGGUGAUGCAGAUUCAGCAGAGAGAACUCAGUCUGAAGGAGCAGAACUACACACUCACAAGCAAUAUCCGCUCGGUGGAGAAGUCGCACACGAAGCUGCAGGCUGAGAUGGUAGAGCAUCGCACCAAAGUUCAGGAGGAGCAGAAGAAGCGAGAAAACCAGGAUGGCCUCGUCCGACGUCUUCAGAAGAGAGUCUUACUACUUACCAAGGAGCGUGAUGGCAUGAGGGCAAUUCUGGAGUCCUAUGACAGUGAACUGGCGGCCAGCGAGUACUCGCCUCAGCUCACCCGCAGAGCUAAAGAAGCUGAGGAGAUGCUGCAGAAAGUUCAGACUCACAACAUUGAGAUGGAGGCUCAACUUACACAAGCCCAGGAGGAAGCUGGCAUCUUCAAACUGCAAGCUCAAUCGGUUGCAUUGGAACUGGAAGCUCUGAAAGAGCAACACAAAUCUUCAAUGUCUGAAGCCACUUCAGUAGCAACAGAGGAGGAAAUUAUGUUCCUAAGGCAGAAAAUUGAGGAACUGGAGACCGAGCGCCAGAGGCUGGAGGAGCAAAAUAACAUUCUGGAGAUGAGACUGGAAAGACACAAUCUGCAGGGAGAUUACGACCCAGUUAAAACCAAGGUGAUGCACUUCCGAAUGAACCCCACCAGCGUGGCAAAGCAGCAGCGAGCUGAGGAAAUGGAGCAGCUGAAGGUGGAGUGUGAACGUCUGAGAGAGCGCCUACGCAAGCUGGAGGCUGGAGGAGCCAUCAUGUCUGAUGAUACCACGCUCAUCAUACCUCCCUCUCAGGAAAUCUUAGAUUUGCGCAAGCAGGUGGAAAGUGCUGAGCUGAAGAACCAGCGUUUGAAGGAGGUCUUCCAGAAGAAAAUCCAGGAAUUCCGAACGGCCUGCUAUGUUUUGACUGGGUACCAGAUUGAUAUCACCGUGGAAAACCAGUACCGGCUGACCUCGGUUUAUGCUGAGCGUAUGGAGGACUCCCUGCUCUUCAAGGCCAGUGGUCCAGUAGGAAGUGGAAGUAUGCAGCUUCUGGAGACCGAUUUCUCUCGUACGUUGACCGAGCUGGUGGAGCUGCAUCUAUUCCACCAGAAGAGCAUUCCGGUCUUCCUCAGUGCCGUGACGCUUGACCUGUUCAGCCGCCAAACUGUCGUCUAACCUCCUGUCUGAACCCCAGCGUACACUGAGUUUAAAAAAGUGGAUGGAUGUACUAAAAGUGGGGUCCAAAUGUACAUAGCCAAAUUAGAACUUUGAGCAAGGAACAUGUGCCAUCAUUUAAUCAGAAUGACCAUGUAGUGACAGUGAAUAUUUUCUUUUGUGUUUCCCUUUAAAUACUUUUAUGGUUGAAAGUAUGUGGACACCUGAUUAUGAACUUGUUGGACAUCCCAUUUUAACACCAUCUGCUUUAGGAAUUGAAAAAAAUAAAUAAAUAAAAAGUGAUUUUAAAUUACUUACUUCAAGGAUGUUCCCACAAAAGCUGCAUGUCUUCUGACUUUACUGAAAAUAAAGAAUUCUUAUAGCU